CUUUCAUUAAAUUUUUUAAUUUUAUUACACCGAAAUUAUGGUCCAAAUUUAAAAGGGUGAAGUUUUGGAGCUUUUUCAACGUUCUUGCCUUUUAAAUGACACCACCCAGAGCAGAGAAAUUUUAACAACUCACUAUCCGCACGACCACUCCUUCCCCACCACUCCACCACCACCACCAUCGUCACCGUCCCUUCUCUCUAGGAAAACACGCACAACACACACUAAGCCAGCUACAUUAUCAACCUCGAAUUCCUCUAAUUUGUUUAUCUGGAUUACAAUUCAACUGCAUUGCUGCUGAAUAUGCAAUGAAGAUUUGACUGGAAAUAUAAUGUUUCUGAAUGCAGACUGACAUUGCGCCUGCAAUGGAUAAAAGAAGUUGGCCCUGGAAGAAAAAAUCAUCAGAUAAGCAAGCAGCUGAGAAAGCUAAUGUUUCUGCAUCAGAUUCUUCUGCAGCUGUGGCAGACACAAGUGGAACUCAAGAUGACAAGGGCAAACAGGAUAACAAUGGUAAAAAGCCAAAGUAUGUCCAAAUUUCAGUGGAGUCAUAUACACGUCUAACUGGAUUGGAGGAUCAAGUGAAGUCCUACGAAGAACAAGUGCAAACCUUAGAAGAUGAAGUGAAAGAAUUGAGUGAAAAGUUAUCUGAAGCGAAUUCAGAAAUUACCAAUAAAGAAAACCUGGUGAAACAACAUGCUAAAGUUGCUGAAGAAGCUAUCUCAGGUUGGGAAAAAGCCGAGGCGGAAGCUGCAACAUUGAAAAAUCAUCUGGAAUCUGUCACACUGCUAAAGCUUACUGCUGAAGAUAGGGCAUCACAUUUGGAUGGGGCUCUCAAGGAAUGUAUGAGGCAGAUACGAAAUUUGAAGGAAGAACAUGAUAAAAAAUUGCAUGAAGUUGUUCUUGAAAAAACAAAGCUCUUUGACAAGAUGAAGCUCGAGCUUGAAGCACAAAUAUCAAAUUUGGACCAACAACUACUGAGGUCUGCUGCUGAAAAUGCUGCACUCUCAAGGUCUUUGCAAGAUCGGUCUAACAUGCUGAUUAAGUUAAGUGAAGAAAAAUCACAAGCUGAAGCUGAGAUAGAAUUUCUAAAGAGCAACAUUGAGUCCUGUGAAAAAGAAGUAAAUUCACUCAAAUACGAGCUCCAUAUUGCUAAGAAAGAGGUGGAAAUUCGUAAUGAGGAAAAGACAAUGAGUGUACGGUCUGCGGAAGUAGCAAACAAGCAGCAUCUUGAGGGAGUGAAGAAAAUUGCUAAGCUUGAAGCAGAGUGUCAAAGAUUACGAGGUCUUGUUCGGAAGAAACUACCUGGUCCAGCUGCACUGGCACAAAUGAAACUUGAAGUUGAAAACUUGGGCCGAGAUUAUGGAGAAUCUCGUUUUAGGCGGUCUCCGGUGAAACCUCCUGCAUACUCGUCCCAGCUGCCUGAAUUUUCACUUGACAAUUUACAGAAGUACCAGAAAGAAAAUGAGCUACUUACGGAACGCCUACUAGCUAUGGAUGAAGAAACAAAGAUGUUGAAGGAAGCAUUAGCAAGGCGUAACAAUGAAUUGCAAACUUCCAGGAGUAUAUGCGCCCAGACGGCCAGCAAGCUUCAAAGUUUGGAAUCACAACUGCAAGCUAAUGCUGAAGAGAGAAGUCCUUCGAUAUCUAAUGCCCGAUCCGCAAUUGAAGGUUUCUCUAGUAAAAAAGCUUGCACUCCACCAAGUUUUACCUCCAUAUCUGAAGAUGGAAAUGAUGAUAAUAUAAGUUGUGCUGGUUCAUGGGCUACAGAAUCGUUGUCUGAGCUCUCCUAUAUUAAGAAGGAAAAGAGAGCUGAAACUCCAUGCAGAGCUGAAAACACUAAUCACCUGGACCUUAUGGAUGACUUUCUAGAGAUGGAGAAAUUAGCAUAUCUAUCCCAUGGAUCAGAUGGAACAGUUUCGAAUUUAGAUGCUUCAGUCAUUACAGGCAAUAGAGGAUCUGAACUUGUAGAGCAUGAAGCUCCACCUGAAGCCGCCAUGAGAACGGAGCACCAAUCUGGGGACCAACAUGGCCCCAAACCUCUAGUGUCUUCAAAAGAAGAUGAAACUGUUGCAAAUCCUCAAUUGCACGCAGACUCACACAUCUUUGAGAAACUCCAAUUACAAAUAUCUAUCGUACUUGAGUCAAUCUCUAAGGAAAAAGACAAUGAAAAAGUUAUAGCAGACAUCAGAUGUUUUAUGCAGGAUAUGCUUAACACUUUGCAUCACCAUUCGGUGCCUGAUGUUGUGGAGGCAGCUGACUGUUCUGGUACAGAAAGUCAUCUUCAGACUCUUGCAGAGGAGGCCAAAAUAACAUCCACGAAGGCUAUAUCUUUGUCUGGAGAUGUUAACUCAUGUGCCGCCACUGGGCAAACCAUCAAUCAAGAAUUGGAAAUAGCCAUCUCUAACAUUUAUGAUUUUGUUAUGAUUUUUGGUAAAGAGGCUAAGGCUGUCCCAGGAACAUCUCCUGAUGAAGAUGGACUAAACAAAAACCUUGAUAGGUUCUCUGCCAAAUAUAGCGAAGCUAUUAACAGCAAGAUUGAUCUGGUUGAUUUUGUUCUCGACAUUUCUCAUGUAUUAGGCAAAGCAAGUGAGCUGCACUUCAAUGUCCUGGGAUUUAAGAGUUCCGAAGUGGAAACUGGUAGUCCUGAUUGUAUAGACAAGAUUGCUCUACCAGAGAAUAAGACUGUAGUCGACUCACCCAGAGAAAGCUAUCCAAAUGGUUGCGGCAACUUUUCUGAUUCUGCAUCUGAUCCUGAUGUUCCAAAUGAUGCGAAUCUUGUUCCAACCUCUGAGUCAACAGCAGCCUCAUGGAAAUGUUCUUUGGAGGAGUUUGAACGACUGAAAAUGGAUAAAGAUAAUUUGGCAGUUGAUCUUGCUAGGUGCACAGAAAACUUAGAGAGCACCAAGUCUCAGUUGCAGGAGACAGAACAGCUUCUUUCUGAAGUUAAGUCACAGUUAACAUCUGCACAAAAGUCCAACAGCUUGGCUGAGACACAGCUGAAAUGCAUGGCAGAAUCAUACAGAUCACUAGAAACACGGGCAGAAGAAUUACAAACCGAAGUUAAUCUUCUCCAAGGGAAAAUAGAAAAUUUGUAUAAUGAGCUGCAAGAGGAGAAAAGAAGUCAUCAAGAUGCACUUACCAGAUGCAAAGAUCUCCAAGAGCAGCUGGAAAGGAUUGAAAGUCCCCAGGCAGCUGAUAAUGAUGACAAAACUAGCCAGGAAAAGGAAUUAGCUGCAGCAGCAGAAAAGUUGGCAGAGUGUCAAGAAACAAUAUUUCUUCUUGGUAAGCAGUUGAAAGCUUUCCGUCCCCAAACAGAUUCUCUCAUUUCACCAAAUAAUGGAAGGAGUCAAAAGGUUGAGGUCCUAAUUGAUGAAGAACCAACAAUAAGUGGCACAAGCGUGCCAGAUAUUGAUCCAUCUGAAAUGGAUAUAGCCACUUCUUUGAAUUUGCAUAGAGCAGGCUCGGAAUCCACCUUGGAUCCGUUCAAUGCUCCACGAAGUCCAUCUGACUCUGAAGCAAACAACACAGCCAGGUCACCAGUCCGAUCACAUCAUCCAAUACACCGUCCCACAAAGUCAGUGUCCUCUUCUGCUUCUUCCACCCCCACACCUGAGAAACAAACUCGUGGAUUUAGCAGAUUCUUUUCCUCAAAAGGAAAGAAUGCACAGUAGUACUGCGUUCACUACCAUUGUAAUGGUAUGUUGAUCCAGUAGUGGCUGUUCCUUAGUGAUAUCCAGGUCAAGAAACCUAUGCUUUUUAUGUAAAUAAAGAUGAAUGGCCCUUUUCAACCUUGUUCUACCUGUGUUUUGGUUGUAGUUCCGACAGGGUUAUUCAGAAUCAACUUGGUCUUCCCAUCUGGCUACAA